AUGAGCAUUCCUGGUUCAGCUCCCAAAAGGUUCAUUCAGCAUCGCUGGCUAUCGGCGUAUUAUGUUGCCAUUAGCACCCAGAGGCUGCUUCCUACCUACAAGGUUCUGUACUACGGCUUUAUGGACAGGGAUGACAAGGCCCUCUACAAGGAACCCCUGGGUCAGCUUUUUGCUGAGUACAAAGGUGGUGUUUCGGGUCCCUGGGAGGGCGUUUCUGGACUCUUCCCCGAUGACCUCACCCAGCCCUGUGCCGUCCCCGACUACCACAACUACCACCUGGGCCGCCGCGAGAACAGGAGGAAGAGCAUGAGGACGGCCUGCCCCCCCGCCACCAAAGUCCCCGCCCCUGGCCCCACCCAUGGCCCCAUCCUUGGCUCUGUGUCCGCCCAGCCCAGCAGGGAGGGGUCAAUCCAGGGGUCAAUCCAGGGGUCAAUACUAGGGUCGGUCCAGGGGUCGGAGAUUGAGAUCCUUCAGUACCUGAUGACGGACUUUGCCAUGAGAUACUUCAGAGAUGCUGCCACAAGAGACGUGUCCAAACUGGUGGAACACACAGAGGUCCCCAUCAGUGAGUCACUCAUUUUCUUCUUAGACCCUGAGCUGAAAGAACUGGCUGUCCAGUCCUUUUUGAGUGUAAUGAUGUUCAUGGGAGACCUGACCAUGAAGAAUGAGCUCUCAGAAGGAGACUGUAUCAAACACAUUUUGCUGCUGGGGAAGGAGAAGGAAUUCCUGAGAGAUGAGAUCUACUGCCAGAUCAUCGGACAGACCACCAACAACCCCCACAGGGAGCGCUGUACUCUGGGCUGGCGUCUGCUGAACAUGGUGACAGGGUUCUUCCCCUGCUCCUCCACCCUCAAACCGUACGCCAGCCGCCACCUCCGUGACAUCACCCAGGACCGCACGCACCCCUACCAAGAGCUGGCCCGUGUGUGUGAGGACAACCUGAAGCGCUCCCUGACGCAUGGCGGUCGCAGACAUGUCCCCUCCCACUUAGAGUUGGAUGCCCUGCUGGCUGGCAGGAGUACUCGUCGUUUCCCCAUACAGUUCCCAGGAGGGGUGGAGUUCCCCUGCAAGAUCCGCAGCUUCAGUGUGGCGCUAGAGAUUGUCCAGGAGCUCUGUCUUGAGAUGGCCGUCCAGGAUCCUUUAGAAAUUCAGGAGUUCUUCAUCCACGCCACCAGGGGCCACGAUGGGAUGGUGCGUCCCAUCCACCCGGAUGAGUACCUGUUUGACUUCCUGCUGGACGACGGCUCCAUCGGUCUCUCCUUCCGCCGGCUCGUCUGGACACACCCCCUGACCUUCCCCAAUGACCUCUACAUCGAGUUCCACUACCAACAGGUGCUGGGUGACUACCUGGAUGGGAAGCUGCUACUUCCAGGUUCGGACUCGGCCCUCUCCAACCAGCUGGCCAAGCUGAGUGCCCUUCAACACCUGGCCCUGGGCCUGCAACACCAGCCCACUGCGGCGGAGUUGAAGGACUACCUCCCCAGACAGGAAGGGGGCAGCACCAGCCAACAGCUGCUGCCCUCCUGCCUCUCCCAGCUGGCCGCCAUGGCCUCCCUCGGCCCUCGCGAUGCCAAACGAGCCGUCCUGGAUGAGCUGUGCUCCCUGCCUCUGUUCGGCUCCAACAUCUUCAUGGCCCAGAAGGUCAGCCAGCGUGGCUGCCCCUCCCCCUGCGUGGUCGCCGUCGGCCAGGAGGGGGUGCUGUUCUGCCAACCCAAAACCCAGGUCAGAGUGUUUGCGAUCCCCCUGGCCGACGUGCUGUCCCUGCGCUCCGUCCGCCCCAAGAAAGACAAAGUGCCAGUGGUGGAGGUGAAGUACGGCAGCCCAGCCCAGCCCAAAAGCAUCAGUAUCCACCUCAAACAGGCCAAGGAGCUGUGCCACAUCUUAGCUGUCAUCAUGGAAGAACUGGUGCGACCACCCAUCAACAGCUCCAUAUCCAACUUCACAGGGUUCACCCAAUAACACACACACACAUGCAGCAUUCACCCACUAACACACACACACACACACACAUUCAUCAUUCACCC